UACGUAUAGCGUAUGUACAUCUAUGUCAGUGUAAAAGGUGUGUUAUUUGUGUGUUUCGUCAUCGUGGUUGUCAAAACGUCUGUUAAAGAAUUUAAUUUAUAGAGAUAAUCAAUCGUUAAACAAAAUGUUAGGGCACCCUCCGGCGUGUGUUAUUGAUGUAGGAACAGGGUAUACAAAAUUAGGAUUCGCUGGUAAUCGUGAUCCACAGUUGACCAUUCCAUCGGCGAUAGCCAUCAAGGAAACCGCCAAAGUCGGUGAUAACUCGGCCAGGCGUGUGACCAAGGGCGUGGAGGAUCUCGAUUUUUAUAUCGGAUAUGAAGCAUUUAAUUCACCUGGUUAUUCCAUCAAAUAUCCUGUUAGACAUGGACUCGUUGAAGACUGGGACUUGAUGGAGAGAUUUCUUCAGCAAUGCAUUUUCAAGUAUCUAAAAGCAGAGCCUGAAGACCAUCAUUUUCUCCUCACAGAGCCUCCCCUGAACACACCAGAGAAUCGAGAAUACCUCGCCGAAAUAAUGUUCGAGUCCUUCAACGUUCCGGGACUGUACAUCGCUGUCCAGGCUGUCCUGGCACUGGCUGCCUCCUGGACAGCUAAAACCGUAGAGAAUCGAGUGCUGACUGGUGUGGUAGUCGACAGCGGGGAUGGCGUUACUCACGUAAUUCCAGUGGCUGAGGGUUUCGUCAUAGGGAGCUGUAUAAAGCACAUUCCAAUUGCUGGAAGAGAUAUAACUUACUUCAUACAGAGUCUCUUGAGGGAACGAGAAGUGGGUAUACCACCAGAACAAUCACUCGAGACUGCCAAAGCAAUUAAGGAGAAGCACUGCUACAUUUGUCCUGACAUUGCCAAAGAGUUUUCUAAGUACGAUGCCGAUCCAACGAAGAUAAAACAGUACACGGGAAUCAAUAAUAUUACGCAACAACCGUUCAAUGUUGACGUGGGGUAUGAGCGCUUUUUAGGUCCUGAAAUAUUCUUCCAUCCUGAGUUUGCGAAUCCUGAUUUCACAACUCCCCUGGUUGAAAUUGUGGACGAUGUCAUCCAAAGCUGCCCCAUCGACGUGAGAAGACCAUUAUACAAAAACAUUGUUCUCUCUGGCGGAUCAACGAUGUUCAAAGACUUCGGGCGGAGAUUACAGCGGGAUAUGAAAAAAAUGGUUGAUACGCGACUGAAAUUGAGUGAAAAAUUGAGCGGUGGUCGCAUAACGCCAACUGCCAUAGACGUUCGUGUAAUUUCUCAUCCUAAGCAGCGUUGUGCUGUUUGGUUCGGUGGUGCUUUGUUAGCCAAUGAACCUGAAUUCUAUCAGGUGUGCCAUACGAAAAAGGAUUAUCAAGAGUACGGGCCUGGUAUCUGUCGUUUCAAUCCAGCUUUUCGCAGUCUCUUGUAAAUUUUCAAGUAUUCAGAAUGGAAAAAACCCUACGAACAAGUGAAAUUUUAGCUAAUCAAUUUCCAUAAUUUUUCCACUUUUUUUACGUAUAUUUUUUAUGAAUUUUUAUGCAAUCCGUUGCUCACCAACACUGAGUAUUAUGUCAUGUAUGGAAUAUCAUUCAACUGAUGCUAUUUGAGACGAGUGAAAGUUUUUUCAACGCACAUCAAAACUUAAAAUUACUCGUUUUUUGUUAAAUUUGAAUUCAAUUGGGAGGAAAGAAACUAAGAUUAAUUAAUAGUAAGAGUGAGUAAUGACGACAAAUAUUCAUGAAUUCAGGUCAAUAUAAAAAAUUUCCAUUUCCGAAUUUAACGUAUAAUUGUAAAUAGAUGUUUCUUGGGUUUUUGGUAAAUAGUUAUGUUGUGUUCUGAUCUUUUGUCAUUGAAAGCGUUCAAUGUCUGGUAUUUUAUGUCGUAUAAUGAGGAUAACAUGCAAUGUCAAUAAAGGUUUUCAUAAUUUAUCGAAAAA